GUGUUUCCUUCCAGGGGUCAUGCAGGCCAAGCGUCUCCGUGCAACGGAAAUAACUUCAAGCAGCUUCCGCGUCACUUGGCCACCGCUCCUGACCCGUGGCACUGGGUAUUACGUCCUGGAGUAUGCCCCAAAUGGAGACCCCCGGAGGAAACUGACCAGACAGAUGCCCGGUGACCACACCAGCGCUGUCGUGCACAACCUCCAGCCGGAAACCACUUACGAGGUUGUGCUCGUACCAGAGUCGAACGAGAAGUAUAUCCCUCCCCAGGUCACCAGAGUCACCACUUUGGAAGAAGUGAUCAGCCCUGCACAGGUCCUCAUCUCGGACUCCAAGCCCCACAGCGUUCGGGUCAGCUGGUCCCCGACUCCGGAGAGUGUGGCCAGCUACCAGCUCCUCUAUGGUCCUCUGCCUGGGAACGCCAUCCAGCUGGUGGAGGUGAAAGGAAGCCUCAACAGCACCGUCUUGGAGGACCUGGAGGCCAACACCACUUACCUGGUGACCGUCUCAGCCAUUUAUAAGUCGGGCAAAGAGAAAGCGCUCUCCGCUAAAGCCUGCACCCAGGAAGAGAACUCCAAAAUCAAGCACCUCCGCUUUGAGGACAUGAGCCCCACCACCAUCAAGGCCUCCUGGGAUGCGGCGGACGGCAACGUGGCUGGCUACCGGGUCCGGUGCCGGCGGCAGGCGGGCCCUUCGACCCUCCUCAGCGUCUCACCUCAGAUCCACAGCGUGCUGCUGUCGGACCUGGCGGUGGGCAGCACCAACAAAGUGUGUGUCCGGCCCGUCUACAAAAACCUGCCAGGGAAAGGGCUGUGCAGGAUGGUCCACAUGCAACCAGGUACGCUGGGGUGGAUCAGAGGUAAUCCAUUUUCAUAGAAUUACUAGCUUGACCUGGCCAGACUUCACUGUGGCUCAGUCUUUAUAUGCCCUCAAGUAAACAAGAAUAUUUUUGUCAUGGAAAGUACUUUGACCUUUACUCUUCCUGCCCCAUCAACCUCUUGAUGGAAAGUACCUUCUUGUACCUGCAGACUUUGCGCUUAACCACAACCUUUGCGUUUAACCACAACCCAACUUCCUAUGUAAGCUUGAACUUUGAAUGACUUCUACAUAUAUGCCCUCAAGUAAACAAGAAUAUUUUUGUCAUGYAAAGUACUUUGACCUUUAUUCUUCCUGGCCCAUCAACCUCUUGAUGGAAAGUACCUUCUUGUACCUGCAGACUUUGCACUUAACCACA